AUGAAUUGGCUUUUAGUGAAGUCUUUCGGAUUCUUGGUGCUCGGUCUAGGAACUACCUGGAACGGUGGGGAUGUUCGUUACUAUACUGGAGGCGGUCAGAAAAUUCGAUUGUUACGAGAGGCAUUGCAGAAAUACAGGAACGACGAGAACCUCAUUGUACUGUUUAUCGAUAGUUACGAUGUCAUUGUGAACGCCAAUACGGAUGAAAUUCUUAAAAGGUUUUACAAGCAAGAGGCAAAGGUUCUGUUUUCUGCUGAGGGAUUUUGUUGGCCGGAUUCUACUUUAGCAGCGAAAUAUCCGAUCGUCAAGUUUGGCAAGCGGUACUUAAAUUCUGGGGCAUUCAUCGGAUAUGCCCCGCAAGUGUACAAGAUGAUCACUCAUCAGCCGAUCGAAGACGGAGAGGAUGACCAGCUGUUUUACACAAUGCUGUACCUAGACGACCAUCUGAGAGAAGAAUUGGACAUUAAGUUGGACGGCACUUCUGAAAUCUUUCAAAAUUUGAACGGCGCCGCUGAAGAUGUUAAGAUAGACUUUUCAUCUGCUGGAAAGAGUCUACAGCUGAUUAACAAUGCCUAUGGUACUUCGCCGAUCAUCAUACAUGGCAAUGGAAACAGCAAGAUACACUUGAACAGUUUUGGUAAUUAUCUUGCAAACUGGUGGAAUGCGAAAGAUGGUUGUGUAGCGUGCAAAGAAUAUGUCAUAUCUCUCAAAGACAAGAAUGAAGAAGAAUGGCCUACUGUGCUGCUGUCAGUGUUUAUCACCCGAGUGACGCCAUUUAUUGAUUUUUAUUUCGAAUACUUAAAGAAGCUUAAUUAUCCGAAGUCACGGAUGUCGUUAUUUAUUUAUAAUCAGGUAUAA